UGCACUGACCACAAAAAAAAAACAUCACUCAGUAAAACACAGUGCCAUUCCUUGAGUGUUGUAUUUAUUUAUUGUAUGUUGGUUAGUCUAUCUUUGUGUUGAAAAGAUUCCGGCUCAGCAGCUUUGCUAUAGUCAGCAUUCAAGACGAGACGACCACCAGGAUAACACAUAAUGAAUAUGAGUAGAAUCUUCUAUGAACAACUAAUUUAGAUACUGCAAUCAAAGUAUCCUGUCCAUGUAAAUAUACGCAUGUCGAAUGUUAAUUUUCCAUGGCUGAGGGGCAAUGGGGUCACUUUCAUAACGUGCGCAGGCAUUCGAGACAUGAGCAAAAUUUAACAACAUCUGUGGUGUCAGGGGUCACAAGCGCCAGUCAUCUCUGCGUGAGUGUGAAAGACAAAUAAUACGACCGAGCAGGUGUUGUUAGCCUCUGACGCAAAACAUGUUUGAAAUGUCUGUCAGUUUCCACGUAUCAUCCAAAGCUAUUAGACAACAACAUAGCAUAUAGCAAGAGUCUUGGUUUCAGUUUGCACGUGCCCACAUUGUGUUAAGGCCAGCACGCAGAGGCUAAAAACAGCAAUGAUUGAUGCAGAGCUAUGAUGAAUUAUGCCAGCCAUGGCAGACAUGUACGAUUGCUUCCACUUGGCGAUGAAGAUUCAGUUUCAUCAUCCUCAUCAACUUCUUGUCCUUCAGCAAAUUUGCCACCUUGUUAGGAUCUGCUGUGAUGUAUUUGCCCCCCUCAAAACAAGAUGCAUGUAUUUUGCAUUGAAGCAUCUCAUUUCAGUAGAUUAAUAUUAGGCUUGAUUUUUUUUUCUUUCUGGCGGACUGGGCUACCACAGAUCAGCAAAUAAAAUAAAACAAGUGGUGGUGAGCUAAUUUUUGAAUUAGGGCUGUUGGAAAAGGAAAACAUAUAAAAGAGGCAUGAUAGAGGACCUCCCUUGAAGACCAGAGGUUGACACCUAUAAUCUACAGGUACAAAUGACCUGCCCCCUCUCAGUUUUAGAGAAAUAAAAUGUCCCUUAGGCAUAUCAAAAUAUUUUAUAGUCAGAUUGCUAUAUUGUAUAGGACGAAUUGGAUUUUUAUUUUAUUUUUUUAAAAGAGUAUGUUUGAGCCAAUUUCCAUGUUCAAAAAUGAGCAACUGGCUGCAUCAACAAUGUUGUUCUUGGGAGGGCGCAGCCGCGUGUCAGUCGGUGUCAGGGCAGGAGCGUCCUCGACUGCUGCAUUCUGGAAGUCGCCCCGACGGCUGGUAGAGCAAAACACGCUCAUUUUCUACCUUCAUAUUACAACGACGGGAGGGACAAAGUGACGUCCACAAUGCUCCGUCUUCUGGUCUUCUUGUUUGCGCUGCUGUGUAUUUGCAGCGCCAACAAAUGGAGAAAGAAUUUUAAAUGUCCUUCAGGAUGUUCGUGCACGAAGGAGACUAUCAUGUGUGUCGGCACCUCGCACGUCCCGCGAUCAGUGCCGAGUGACAUCAACUCGCUGAGCAUCGUAAACGGCUCCAUUGCAGAAAUCCCAGAGGGGAUGUUUUCACUCAUGCCUUCUCUGCAGCUAUUGCUUCUAAAUGCUAACUCUUUGACCACAAUUAAAGAUGAUGCUUUCUAUGGUCUUCCACAUUUGGAAUAUUUGUUCAUUGAAGGGAAUAAGAUUGAAACUAUCACCAAAAAUGCCUUCCGUGGUCUGCGAGAUCUAACUCAUCUAUCCCUUGCCAAUAACAAAAUGAAGUUCCUGCCAAGAGACCUGUUUUUUGACUUGGAUUCAUUGCUGGAACUAGAUCUACGAGGCAACGCUUUCCAGUGCAGCUGUGAGAACAAGUGGCUGAUAACGUGGCUAAAAAACACAAACGCCACAGUGUCAGACAUCUUCUGUGCAGGUCCCACUGACAUGAAGGGCAAGCGUCUCAAUGACCUUCCCAUUGCACCAGACCAGUGCAUGUCUACAGACUUUGUACGUCACCAGUCAAUUCCGAUUCAGUCCAUGUCAGCGGACAUCUUCUCCGUUAAGGAGGACAUCUAUGUGGCCAUGGCUGCACCCAACUCAAACAGCUGCGUAGUCAUGGAGUGGGAUCACAUUGAAAUGAAUUUCCGAAAAUUUGACAACAUCACAGGUAAGUCUGUCGUUGGGUGCGCGUCAAUCCUGGUCGACGAGCACGUCAUGAUUAUCGUCACGCAGCUCUUCGGGGGCUCUCACCUUUACAAGUUUGAUGAUCAGCAGAACAAGUUCACCAUGUUUCAAUCCAUUGAGGUCCUCAAUAUCUCCAAACCAAAUGACAUUGAGGUCUUCCGCAUGGAUGAAGAGUGGUACUUUGUAAUAGUAGACGGCUCCAAAGCAGGCUUGUCUACUCUUUACAAGUGGACUGACCAACCAGAUCAGAACCAAACCGGGUUCUAUACUUAUCAGUUCCUGCAUGAAUGGUUCCGUGAUACAGAUGCUGAGUAUGUUGAAAUGGACGGAAAGUCCUACCUCAUUUUAGCCAGCCGUUCUCAAUCGCCUGUCGUCUAUUUGUGGAACAAGAGCACCUUAAAGUUCAUGCUUCACAGUGAAUUCCCAAAUGCGGAGGACGUGGUGGCGGUCAAAGCUUUCCGAGUGGAAAAUGAAUUGUAUUUGGCUAUGACCUGCUUCAUUGGUGACUCCAAAAUACUCAAAUGGACCAGUAAGCAGUUCACAGAGAUGCAGGCCCUUCCUUCUCGUGGGGCGAUGGUUCUCCAGCCGUUCUCCUUCACGGACAGACACUACCUUGCUUUAGGCAGCGAUUACUCCUUCACUCAAAUCUACCUCUGGGACAGCGAGGCCAAAACCUUCCAGAAGUUCAAGGACAUCUAUGUGCAGUCUCCACGGUCCUUUACUGCAGUCACCACUGACCGCAGGAAUUUCAUCUUCUCUUCAAGCUUUAAGGGCAAGUCAAUGGUCUUUGAGCAUAUUGUGAUAGAUUUAAGCUUAUAAGUCAAAAUACCCACAUUGUGUCUCAAUCUGAUAGUAUAUGUGAGACGAGAAUACUCCAUUAGAAUUCCUGCACUAAUGCAGGUUUCCAGAAGAAUUCCGAAGUAAAAAAAUGAACUUUUUCCGGAAAUGGUUCAGUCGAGUUGGCUCCUUGCAUCAGUGCCAAUGCAAUACGAUAAAAUGCUCUGGAUACAUGCACUGUAUGGCUAUGCUCAUUGUACAGUAAUAGCUAUAGAUGUAUGCUUUUAUUGUAAUUUUGUUGUACAAAAUUUUGCCAAAAAUGAAAGACAUUGAGAAGAAAUAUUUGCACUCUGACAGAUUAUUUGGCUGUGUUGCAAUUGUGUACUAUGCUAGUAUAUGUAUUUGUCCAGUAACUCUGGUGACAUGAUGUGCAUGGUCCUCUUACUCUCCCUUGGAUUAGUGGGGCUGUCUAUAUAAAGCGCUCAACACAAAUAUACAUUGUCCUAUGCAAAACACAAGUCUAAGCUGUUAUUGAAAUGCUUCUUGUGGUGCCUCUUUCAUAUUUUUUCAUUGCAAAAUGCAGGACGGUAAAUGGUUUGUUUUAGAAAACCUCUUCACUUGCCCAAUAGAGGUGUGUACCUUGAUGAUUAUAGUAUCUGAUGAAUGUACUAGCAAUGCUAAUAGUAUGCAUUUCAUGAAAAUCAAAUCCUUUAUUCGUGUAUUAAUAAACAAAUGAUGACCACAAUUCA